AUGAAGGAUGAACCGGUAGUUGGAGGCUGCGUAACUACCUCAUUUUUUGCUUCUUCCAUGCUGAUAUUUUUUCCUAAGACUCCCGGGCCCACACUUUCACCUAGACACCACGUGAGCAACCCCCCCCCACCAGGAGCGCAGAGCAACAGGAGAUCCGGCGCUGAAAUUCCUACUGAAUUCUUGGCUGCAAAUCGAAAUACCGAUGAAAUGGAUGUGAAACCCAGCGAAUGUCUGGUUUGCCUCGACAAGUACAACGAAAGCAAAAGGCCGAGAGUCCUGCCGUGCGGCCACCUGUUCUGUUCAUCUUGCAUCGAGACCGUUCAGGAGGCGUGGCUGGUCACGUGCCCUUGCUGCCGCACCGCGCACCCCGCUUCGGGAAUGGACGAUUUCCCCAUCGUGUUCGCGGUCGAGGAUCUUCUGAGGGAAACCGACGCACGCGGCACGGACGCCAUGUUGCCCAGAAGGCGAGGCUCGAGGAAGCUGGAGGAGCUGAAGGAGGGGCAGGCGCUCGCCGUUCAGGAGUCAGCCUAUAAGUGUGGGGACUUGCUCUCGCAGAUGGUGGAGUUCAAGGGCAGGCUCCUCAGUUGGAUGACCGAGCACGAGGCCCUCAUGAAGAGGCUCAACGACGUCAUCAUUCAUCACAAAACGGCGCACCAAAUGCUAGAGAGGGAGAUAGAUCUAUUGGACGAGUUUUACUCCGAAGGCCGGCAAAAGCAACGGAAACUGAUGGCGCUGGGGGAAACUCUCCACGCGGCAGAAACCCCGCAGGAGGCGGCCACGUCCAUUCAAGACGCCGACGAACACCAGGACGAGGCGGAAAGUUGGCUCCGGAAAUGUCUCAAACAUUUCCCGGAAGCGAACACAGUCCGCAGAUCCAUCAAGAUCCGCGCGAUCACCGAGAAGGCCCUGGAUGUAAUAGACAACGAGGCAGACUAUGCAACUCUCUGCGACGAGAUACUUGACAAUGCAGAUUCCUCUCACGAAACGGCAGACGCCUCUGGAGAAACGGCAGACGCCUCUGGGGAAGCGGCAGGCGCCUCUGGGGAAGCGGAAGACGCCUCUGGGGAAACGUCAGACACCCCUGGGGAAGCGGCAGGUGGCGCUGACAAUGGGCAAGAAUUCACCAACCUUCUCGACAAAUUUGCGAUGCUGAAAAUUCAGUUUCAUACGGAAGUGACGAUCGGCGACCUUUUCGAGAGGUCCCCACGGGCGAUGGAACUCCUGCAGGAUUGGAGGAUUUUUGCCAUUCAGAAGCACCAGGGGCGCCUCCGGUCAGCCAGGAUAACAGAGGAAGGAGGGAAGGUCCUUCUCCACCGCCUCAGGAACAAUCGCCAUCCCUUGAACUCCAGCGCCCUCAUGCACAAGGAUGUGAUGGCCUUCCUGGACCCUGCCACCAUCGUGGCCUUCUUAGAGCUGCAGUGGCAUGAAGGCUGUCCGUAUCGGGUCCACUUCCGCCUGAAUCUCAGGAUGGUCGCUGGGAAGCAGUUCGCCCUGCUCUGCACGGGCGAGAAGGGGCCGUGCUAUGCGAACAGCACUCUGAUGCUUAAUGCUGCGAAGGGGGACGAGGGGGAGAGCGCGGGCAGAGGCGUUUGCGACAGCAGUAGAGGCUCUCCGCACCGACUGUCCUUCUGGGGGAAGAACACGUGGCACCUCUGGAAGACGGUCGUGCAAGAUUCUUGGGUCAUGCUCGUUGCCAUGGACGGGGUGCAACUGGGGAUCGCACAUAAAGGAUAUUUAUCGAACCAAAGGUUCAAAGCGUUUGGUGAAGUGGAGAGUGGAUUGGAAACUCUAAUGUCAGUGAAUGAUUUGCCCGAUGAUACCACUGUCACGAUAACAGACUGUGGUGUUGUGAUCCCGAUGUAGGCAGGCAAAGAGUUCAGUGUCCCUUGUCUCCAUCGAAGUUAGAAACGAAUCUCGACGCAGUCUUCUCACGACUCGUGCCUGGGAGCGAGUUCGAAGCUGGAGUAAAGUCGCCUUCUACUAUUUCUGGCACAUCAGGCCGAGUGCGAGUUAAAACUAUAAAGCUUUUGUAUGUAACAGUCAAUAGGAAGGAUCUGAUAAAUGUGAAAUAAUGAAGUAUAAAUCGGGUAAAUAGGUCUCAUCGUAAAAUGCCGCUAGCAUGUAAAACCAAAACAUUAUUGCCAUGUGUUAUAGGAAGGUGAGAUCUUAGUUAAAGAAGUCCACGGCUGGUUCAGUACAAUGAACAAGAUCUAGCCGAUGCCUUUAUAAAGAUAUAGGAGUAUAAUAGAUCUUAGUAAAUGUGUAGUUGUG